AUGGCCCCUCGGCCAUCCUCCACCUCUGGCAGAGGUAGCAGCAGCAGUAUUGGCAGUGGGUGGGCGCUUCCGAAGCAUAUCGCCAGCUGGUAUCCUCGCAAGGGUGGCGAGUUCCUUGCAAACACGAUAGCUGGCCACAACGCCUUCAUCCAGGACACUCCCACUCGCUUCGACGAGGUGCACGCACGGCACUUUUCUCUUGUCGAGGUACUCGCAAUCACCCCGCUCUACACGCUGGCCAUGGUUCACUACUUCUCAAUCUUCUGUCAGUAUCCGGCCCGCAUCGAGGUGCUGAAGCCGAUGCUGGAGGAGCUGCGGCAUAGGAGCGAGCUGCAGUACCACUGGCUGCUCAUCAUCCAGGCGAAGAGGGUGCCGGGGGAGGUAAUCGCGUGGCGGUGCGGGCUGCUCACCUUGCAGGUCGUGCUCUUUCCGAUUUGGCUCGCUCUCUCAUCCGCAGCACCACAGCUGGUGCACGCCACUGUCGCCUUCUCCAACCACAUUCUCCACACAAAGUACAGCUGCCUGAACACCAGCGGCAGAAGCGCCGCUGGUGGCCGGGCGGCGGUGGUGCCCGAGUUUGUGUCGAAGGCGGCAGACAUGUACGCAGCAACGGAGACCUUCCACGAGACGCAGAGCGUCACCUUACCAACGGACUUUGGGGUGGCUAUCGUGAUGCUGCUGCUCGUACUCUUCUUCACGGCGUGA